AUGAUGGUAUUUGAUCCCUCGCUCGACGCGCUUACAGAAGAUCGAAACGAUCUCGGGCUGUCGCUAUAUUUCGAUAAGCCCAUGAAUCAAUCAGAAGAAACCAUUCUGCAGACCUCCUACAGGUUCUUUCUCCUCAUUGCCGAUGUUACCAGACAAUCCCGGCAAUCCAGGCCGCUUGAAGGCGCUGGGGUCCUCAGAUGGCGGAGGCUAGACCGUGAAUUAAGGCGCUGGACCGGUCUCACUUCCUCCGCCGACAUGACUCUUGGGUUAUGUUACGUGGCAGUCUGUAUCCUGCUCCAGAAAAUGAACCCAGACAUAACAUCUGCUGAGCGCGGCCGGCGAGUGCGCUCGUGUCUGGAGGAAGGGCUGCGGCGACUUCCCCUCUUGAAGAUAGAAUUAUACCCAUCUGUGUAUCUGCUGUGGCCGGUGGCCAUCCUCGGGGCCGUUGCCGCAAGGCCCGACGAGAGAAACAUUGUACAAGAUUUUAUCAGCUUCGUUGUUGCCAGGAAAUUAGGGGGGCAGGGCGCUUGGGUGCAGAAGAGAUUGGAGCGAAUUUGGAGGACCACCAGUCCUGCCUCUACGUCACCAGAACCGAAUCUUGCCGGACUGCAAAGUCUGCUUGAUGGGGAGUGA